GGUGUAAACCGUUGCAAUCGAUGUCACUCUCAGGCAGCAGUAGCACCUCUUUACAACAACGAGGGAACAGCCUGAGACUGAGUGCACUUCCAGCAUGGAGCUGUUUGUGGUCCUGUUAUACGCCGGUUUGGUGAAUUUCGCAUCGGCUGGAAUAGAUGGAGAAAAGUGGACAUAUUCAGAAGGAGAACUGGAUCAGAAGCACUGGGCAGAAAAGUUUCACGUGUGCGGCGGCAACAAACAGUCUCCCAUUGACAUACAGCGGCGCAAAGUGCGUUACAAUCCGCGACUGCUACAGCUCGAACUGACAGGGUAUGAUGACAUGCAUGGUAUCUUUCACAUGAAGAACAAUGGACAUUCUGUGGAGAUUCAGCUGCCACAGACUAUGAUGAUUACCAAGGGGUUUCCAGACCACUACACUGCUGUCCAAAUGCAUCUGCACUGGGGAGGCUGGGAUUUGGAGGCCAGUGGAUCAGAGCACACAAUGGACGGCAUCCGCUACAUGGCAGAACUCCACGUGGUCCACUACAACUCUAAUAAGUACAGUAGCUUCCAAGAGGCCAUAGAUAAACCAGAUGGUCUUGCAGUUUUAGCCUUUUUUUAUGAGGAUGGGCAUUUUGAGAACACAUACUACAGUGAUUUUUUUGCUAACCUGGCAAACAUCAAGUAUGCAGGUCAGGCCAUGAAUAUCACUAACUUGAAUGUACGCUCCAUGCUCCCAGAGAACCUCAGUCACUUUUUCAGAUAUGAGGGCUCUCUCACCACACCGCCGUGCCACGAGAGCAUUCUGUGGACAGUAUUUGAAACGCCUAUCACCCUCUCUCACAAUCAGAUCAGGAAAUUGGAGAGCACAUUAAUGGACCAUGAAAAUAAGACCCUGUGGAACGACUACCGCAUGGCCCAGCCUCUGAAUGACAGAGUUGUGGAGUCCUCUUUCCUCCCACGUCUGGGCAAAGGAGGAUUUUGCCGUCAAGAGGAGAUUGAGGCUAAGCUUAAAAGGAUUGAGAGCCUUAUUGUGUCACUGGACAAAAAAACGGUUCCAGGACCAUGGUCUACACGUACAGGCCAGCAACCUCUAUCACCACUGGUCCUGUACUUCCCAACAAAGAAUUUGGAGAGCUACGCUUUGGUGAACUUAUCCCACUCCAUGAACCUCCAAUCCUUCACAGCCUGCAUGAACGUCCGUAUACCACCCAUUCAAGACCUCACUGUGCUGUCUUACUCCACUUCACAUGACAAUGAGCUCAUGAUCACUUUGGGCUCUGAAGUGGGUCUCUGGAUCGGAGAUGAGUUUGUUAAUUUACCAUUUGAACGUCAAUCACAUGACUGGACAAACUACUGCUUUACCUGGGCGUCACAUAACGGAGGGGCUGAACUGUGGGUGAACGGACUGGUCGGGGAAGAACGCUACAUUCGGAGAGGGUACACCAUUUUGGCUGGAGGAACCCUCAUUCUGGGAAAGGACCAGGAUGGCUUUUUGGGGAUCUCAGAUACCGAUGCUUUUGUAGGCCACAUGACCGAUGUAAAUAUAUGGGAUUAUGUGCUGACUGCGGCAGAUAUUGGUGAGCAAAUGUUGUGUGAUAAUGGCAAGGUAAAAGGGAAUGUCCUGAGCUGGGGAAACACUCAGCUCAGUCUGUAUGGGGGAGUUCAGCUGCAGGCUGAGCAGGUUUGCCACUGAGUGAGAGAAAGAAAGAAA